GCCUUUAAUAGAACACGCACCUAUAAAGCGAGAUAUAAGAAGGAAGAAGAAGCAUGUGCUUGCUGCGGUAAAGCUAGGGAAACGACGGAGCAUAUUUUAUUAGAAUGUGAAGACGUCUACCCAGCGGUCGAUUUAGGCACCACUGGCCUCCUUGAAGCCCUUGGGUUCAGCGGGAGCAGUGGUAAAGCAAGCAGGUCCUCAAUAGACAUAAGAGGCGAUUGGAGGAUUGGUGGAAGAAAAGUAGGGAAACGACAAAAGACGGAGACGUAUAAAAGCACAGUUCGCAAUAGGGGAUCAGAAAAUGUAGACGUGGUAGUUCAUACUGUUUUUUUUUUUUUUUCAUUAGUUAACCUAGGUAGGAUACAUUAGGCAGCAUAGUAGCAAGGGCAUGGUGGCGCCACCCACCACCCCGUUCUAAAGGGGACGCUCAUAACAUCCAUCCAUCUAUCCAUAGCUUCGCGGGCUUCGUUGGGAAAGCAUGGGCCGCUGGUGCGCAAUUACGGGCCUGCGGAUCCGCAGAGGAAGUUUGUUCAUUAUUCUAUGACAAGGUCGUAGCGUGGUCCUCGAGCUUGGUUGGAACGGGCUCUCAGCCGCUCUCUACGCUGCGCGGGGUGGCACGGGUUCGUUCACCUCCAGUAUACGUCCUCGCGCGCUGAGUGCCGACGCGAAAGCGAAAGUGGAUCGCUUGGUGAGAGCGCGCCCGUCGCCGCCGCCGCUCGAUAUCGAACUGUACUUGAGCUUCGGCGGCAACGUCGUACGGGAAGAUGUCGGAUCUGGAGCCAGAACUGCGCUCUGUCGACGUCGACUCUCGAGGCUCCCGAUCUCCAUCGUCAAGCCCGCCGCACGAACCUCGCAAGAACGGCUACAGCGGCGGCGAGGCUAGCCCGCCGCGGCAAAAUCGCUCGGCGCACUCGUCUCGGAACCUCCUGCUGGACACGUCGUACGCGCCCAAAGUGCUGCGCAAGACGAGCGACUGCCUUGUUAGCCAGGAGCCGCCGACGCACUGCAAUGAGUCCAAAGUUCUGGUGCUCUACAGCGGCGGUACCAUCGGAAUGGUUCGGGACUGCGAAGGAGGCGUGCUGCGGCCGAUGCCUCAAGUAUUGGAGAAUCGGCUGCGCACCUUUCCUCAGUUGCACGACGCGGAGUAUUCGAGCACGCACUUUACGGACCCGAAUAAACCACCGUUGGUGCUUCCUUGUACGGGGGAUCCCAAUCGCGUAGUGUACACCAUUUACGAAUAUGACCCACUGCUUGACUCAUCCAAUGCCACUAUGGACGACUGGGUCCGUAUUGCUCUCGAUAUUCGGGCAUAUUACGAGAAAUUUGAUGGCUUCGUUGUGCUGCACGGAACCGACACGAUGGCUUACACAGCCUCGGCCCUGUCCUUCAUGCUUGAGAACCUGGGCAAGUCUGUCAUCAUCACGGGUUCACAGAUUCCCAUCUUUGAGCCGAGGAGUGAUGGACGGGAGAACUUGCUCAACUCACUCAUCAUAGCCGGAAACUAUGUCAUUCCUGAGGUCGCAUUGAUGUUCAAUAACAAGCUCUUCCGUGGCAACCGGACAAGUAAGACCAGCAUCAAUGAGCUAGACGCUUUCUCUUCCCCCAACAUGCCUCCCCUGGCCACCAUUGGUGUCAAGAUCAAAGUGAAUUGGAGGGCUGUGUUCCAGCAGAACACCAUGGAAAAGUUUCGUGUUCACUCCAAGCUCAACCGCAAUGUUGGCCUCCUCCGUCUCUUUCCCAGCAUCACUGUUGAAGUGGUGCGUGCUUUCCUGACGCCACCGGUACAGGGAGUUGUUUUGCAGACCUAUGGCGCUGGCAAUGGCCCUACCGCACGUGCAGACCUGCUCGAUGAGAUUCGUCGAGCAACUUUGAGAGGCAUCCUCAUCAUCAACUGCUCUCAGUGUACACAGGGUUCCAUUGAUGCUGCUUAUGCGACAGGCAAUGCUCUCUGUGCAGCUGGUGUCAUCCCCGGUUCGGACAUGACACCUGAAGCUGCCCUCACCAAGUUGAGCUAUGUGCUGAGCAAGACUGAAUGGUCAUACGCUACCAAAAAGGAGAUGCUUCAGGCCAGUCUGAGGGGUGAACUGACUGUGGCCAAGCCAAGCAAGCUGGAUGAUUUGGAUCUGAUCACCGCCAUUGCAAGGACUAUGAACAUUUCGUCGCCUGAGGAACUUCAGUCCCUGCAGACGGUGCUGUAUCCCAGUAUCCUCUGUUCAGUCACAGCACGGGGAGAUGUUGACCGGCUGGAAGUGAUGAGGCAAUUUGGUGCGUACCUUUCGUCGUGCGACUAUGACUUCCGCACUCCUCUACACGUGGCAUCGUGCGAGGGCAACACAAGCAUGGUGCGCUAUCUGCUGCAGCAUGGCGCCAGCGUGCACAUGCGCGACCGCGACCAUCACACGCCACUCACGAGUGCCGUCCUCUGUGACCAGCAUGCCAUCAUUGAGCUGCUGGUGCAGGCAGGCGCCCACCUCAGCAUGCCAGCUUUGCAGCUGGCUGACGAACUGUGCACAGCCGCCAGGAACGGAAAUGUGAAGCGGCUGGAGUCCUACAGACUUGCUGGCGCCAGCUUCUACGAGAGCGAUGCAACGGGACGCACAUGCCUUCAUGCUGCUUGCGAAGCCGGGCAGGAAGCAGUUGUCAGGUUCUUGCUGGAACACAAGAUUCGCCCCGAGACAAAGGACAUCUACAACCACUCCCCUGAAGAAGUCGCUCGAGUUCUUGGCCACGUGAAGCUGGUUCAUCUCUUUGAGAGCAUCGUGCUGACAACAAACGGGACCCACUAGACGGAUUUCCCUUGUUAGAGCCAAUCCCUGCUGACACUUCACCCACGACCAUCUAUUGUACGAUCCUGGUGCUUUGGUAGCACUUACUUCAGCAUGCAGUGUACAGGGUUUUAUGUUAGACUAGCUUCCAAAGCUUACAUCCAGGGGACACAUGAGGCAAUCCCACGUUAAGCUAUAGUUUAGUAGCCUCUCUCCUGUAGCCAGUGCAAAUGUUUGUGCUCUUGGAUGUGCACUUGCGCUGUAUACGUAGUAUUUUACAAAGCUAUGUGGUACUUUGUGGUUCUACCAAGGCUUCCAGUACUAGAGUGAAUUUAUGGCUUCGUAAGUGAGCACGCUGUUAAUAUUGUUAAGGUUUUAUGACUGUACAUGAAAUGUUGGAGUGACUGUUCUGUACUCAGAUUUGCUUGAUUCAGUGGCAAUGUGUUGAUGAUGCAAAAGUGAUGUGGAGUUGACUGCUCCAGCUGGCAUGCUGUAUGUGCCAGGGUGCUUUGAUGCACGAUUGUAUGACUGUGUUGCGUGUUCUAUCAACUGCCUCAGUGAAUGCGUGAUAUACUGUAGUUCACAAGUAUUAAGCAUGCAUUACGUCUUUGUACAAAUUAUCCAAUACAGCCUCUAACACUGAUCACACACUUAAAGCUUCCAUGUGAUCUCAAUGCCUCGCUUUGCAUCAAACCACUACUGAAGGUUUACUUUAUUUUUAUUUGGAUGGAAGACGACUUGGGCUUUCAUCAUUUGGGUACAGCAGCAAAGAAUAAAUGUAUACUAGCAGUGAAGCGUUAUGAAAGCACCAACUUAACUGCAGGGGAGUUUGGUCAACACACCAUCUAAUGAACACACUACAUGUGUAUUGCCAGAUACAUGUGUAUCUGUUUUUUUUUCUUCAUAAGAACCCAUCUGGAAGCAUGCCAGUGAGGCAUUCAUUGUUCUGGAUGAAGGGAGAGAUUCUUACAAAGAGGAAAAGCACAGUGACGGUUUCACUUAUGGUAGACAUAAUUUGAUUACAUUACCGAUUGUAAUAAGUACUGAUUUUGCAAUUUCACAGUGGUGCUUUGACAUAUUUCGUAUUUGUUUGUUCUGCAAUAUUGUAAUCUUCAUUGUUGUGCAGUCCCAACCAAAAAAGAUUAGCACAAGUGACUGGUGGCCGAAGUGACAAAAUUGUAACACGCGGGGCUGUUGUUCCCGAGCGUACCUGUAACGAGAGUGCCUGCCGCCUUCCAUUCUUCAAAGCAACAGAAGCCGACUCAUCUAAUAGCCCACAUUUUGAAAGCUAUCAGUUGCCUCAUUUUUCGGCCGAGCCAUGCACCGAUGAUAGUGCACGAGGCUAAAAAACGAGGCAUGCUAUUGUGUGCCUCAUUUUUCCACCACCAAACUAUGCACCAAGGAGGCUCUGCACGCGAGCCCAUUUAUUUAUUCUUCAUGCACGGUCAUUAUCAGCGAUGGUAGUUUCUUUACCACAGCCUUGUGCAGUAUCGUCGAUGCAUGGCUUGGCGUUCAAAUGAGGCAUGUGAUGGCUCUGAAAAUGUGGGCUAUUAGAUGAGUCGGUUUCUGCCGGCUACCCCUGCUUUGGAAAAUGGAAUAUGCUUGGCACUCUCGCUAUUGCCGCGCUCGGGAACAACAGCGCCGCGCAUCACGAUUUUGCUGCUCCGGCCACCAGUCACUUGUGCUAAUAUUUUCCCGCUGGGACUGUACCUAAGUGCUAAGUAGUCCAUAUACUAUUGGUUCCGAGAUAGAGCAAAGUCGCCGCAUGGCGUGCACUGGCUGAACCAUGGAUGGUGUGGAUUACACCACUGUCUGAUACACUCUAUGUGUUUACAUGUAUGAAUAGGGCAUGCAUAUUUUCAAGACCAUUUCUUUCGUGGUUGUAGCAGGCCAUAAAAGCUAGUCUUCAUUUUUUUUACAAUGUACGGAAGCAUUUAGCCUUGCGUCAUUGCGCUGUAGUGAGAUAAGUGACUGCGCAUAUUGGGUGCGCAAUGUGUGACUGUCACAACCUCCUUUCGCAACGUUUGUGCUAAUUUUAUUGUUGCUUUGUGCUUCGUAUAAACCACAGAAUGCAGUUUACUUCGUUUAAAGAACUCAAGUGGUUGCAGCGAUACAUUAAUGCCGGGCCUUAGCAACUUGUCACGAUGUGUUGAUCGCUCUGGCAUGAACGAGGUGGUGUGGAUAUCACUCUGCAGUAAACAACAACAAAAUUUCGUUAGCAAGCACUCAUUAUCACGUCAUACACUUUAUAUAACUGCAUCAUGAUAGUUGGGAUAAUUGCAUUACUUUCACUUGUUACGUGGUGGCCUGAGGUGUUCUUUUAGUGGGUGGUUCUGAUGCCAUGAGGGCAAGUUUAUUUUGUCUCGCAAAUAAAUCAUGGGCCUUUGUGUUUUGACUCUCUGCUACAAGAGGGCUAAAGUUGGCUAAUAAUGAGGAUCAGCAGUUUCUAGAUGCUGAGUUGAAACGCACUUAAUAUAAUUUCCUUUAUCUUUUUCAGUGAAGUUGUUAGCUGGACAGGAAACAUUGGCCCUUAUUAGCUGAAAUAAAACAAGAACAUAAUGAUUCAGCCUCUCAAAUAAUUACAACCUUUGCACAUAACCUGUGCAAGGACAGCUCUAUUCUGAAGUUGUGUAUUUUCGGUGUUAUGCGCUAAAAAUUUCGUGGGAAGCAACCUAACAGUUCUGCUGAAGUGCUGUCACUCACAGUGGCCUAGUUUGUUUAAUUAAACUCAUUAACCAUUUGUCUUUUGCAGCAUCUUUGCUACAUUAACUUCAUUGUACAGCGAUACCAAAUUUUUAUAACCAGUUCAAGAUUAGCAGAGAAUGCCGUAAUAAUGAAGUUGCCCAACAAUUUUAGCAGAGCAGAUGGAAUGCCAGCAAAAUGCACACAAAGCAGGUGCCAAAUGCACAGGUUUCUUGGCUGAGUGCCAGUGCUCCGUUGAAUGGUAGUUUCUACUUCUUUCAAUUCGGCGCAUUUCGUGCAAAAAUGCAGCAUUGGAGGGCAGUCUACAAUCAGUUCAUUGCAGUGAGCAUGCUUCGUUAUUACAAAAUCGGGCCAUAUCAUUCACAGCAAAGCACCGCCAUGUCAAUGCAUGCCACCAACUGCCUAUCCACGCUAACACAGCAAUGGUGCUGCCACCUGUAGCUCGAUCUCGCAGCAAAUGUAUGCCAGUUCCUUAAUAACCCUUUGCUUACGAAUUGUUUUUUUAUGUCUAUGUGCACCUGUCUUUCCUUCAUAUCUUCGUUUAGCACUGCUUUUCCUCAUUAAUGAUCAAUUCAGAUGGAUCAGCACAGAUUGCACUUAAGAUCAGAAACUCAUGUUUCAAAGGCACGUUAAAGAGAAAAAUGAUUUCACCUGUAUUGGCAACUUCUACUAUGCCAAAAAAGACCCCUUCGUCACCCUGAGAAGAAGUUGGAAAAGAAACAAACGAAAGAUUGGUUGCGUCUUGAAACGAGCUCGCCUCGAUGUCACAGGUUUUGAUGUUGUCUGCUUGAGAUUAGUUAACUUGAUUGAUAAAGGCCAACUGCAUAGCAUUCUGAAGGAGCCACAGGCUACACAAGUUUAAGACCUUUUACCAAGCCACAAUGGCCCAAAUAUGAAAAAAAUUAAAGUGACAUUUCACUUCACAAAUGCGGGUUACGCGCAAGUGUAUGGGUGCCAUUUCUGUAGCAAUUAUUUAUUUAUUUAUUUAUUUACAGGAUACUGCCAGCCUUAGUCUUAGGCCUUGAGCAGGAGUGGACAGUGCGAUAUACAGAUGGACAAAAAGAUUAACAGCAAAAAUCAUUACAAGAAUUCUAUACAUUGCAACAGACAUAUUCCCCAAUCCGCACGAGCCGUACAGAGCAUUUCAACAACAACAACAAAAAAAAAAACGCAUUGCAAAAUUUCAAUAUAUUUUAGAAUACGGAUAUUCGCUGAACCGCAAAAGCUGUACAGAGCAUAUUGAUAAUGACAUCACGUACUGAACGACAUCACGCAUGAUCGGUAGGUUGAGCAGCAAAAAAUCUACAAAUAGUAAUGACAAGCAAGUGAAAAUAGCACUUGCGUAUAUUGUAAAUCAGAAAGGAAAAAGAAAAAUUAUAUUUAUACAUACGUACAUAUACAUAUAACAUCAAGUCUAAACUUGAUGAAAAAAAAGUAUAUGGGCACUCCAGGCACAUUUCUACCAUCGACAUUGCUGCGAUGUUCCGUAUAAAGUACAACGGCAAUAACAUUGUCCCUGCACGCUGUGUGUGCAAGUGAAGGUGUGCGACGGUGAGCCAACGAUGGCAGGCCAAUGCAAGGGAGGAAAGCGGGAAGGAAGCAUGCCGUCAUUCGUCAUGCGAUAGGCUCCUCAGGGAGCGGGGUUGGAGAGGGGGCCCAGCGUUGUAUGCCGGCAGCAACGUGGUGGGACUCAAAUUAAAAAAUUUUUUUUCUCAAUGAAAACACAAAUGACCUCUAUUAAAAUUUCCAUGGCGAAAGGUGUUAUUUCUUUCAAUGAUAUCCGCUGUUUUGCUUAUUUUUUAUGGACCACCUUAGUGUGUUACUAACGUCUAAACAUAGGCCAAAAUAGCAAUUUUGCCAAAUUCAGGCUUUUAUUUUGGAGCCUGUGAGCAACACAUAGGCGAAAAUAAAAUUUUAGAAGAUAGUAAGCUUUAGAGACAGUUCUAUGAAAGUAAUUUCAGGCUCCCUCCCCUGAUUUUUUUUUUUUUUUAAUUUUGCAAGAAUGCUAGAAUUUGCACAUUUUCACCUCGGUGCUAGGAGUAAAAAACAUGGUUAUUUUGUGAAAGUUCAGACAUGCACAACCUCAAAUUUUGAAGUAAUGCGCAUAACGGUCGAUUUUUGGUGAAUUUGUUUUUUGUACUGCUUUUUGUACCUGGUUUUCCAUCAUUUUGUGAAAUUGAAAUGGCGCUCAAAGGGACAGAAAUUGUUUUCCGUUCAAAAUAUUUUGGGGAAAUACUGUUCAAGUAAUGCUUAUAUACGUGUAAUUUUUGCGUAAUUAUUUAGAUAAAUUAUUUUUCUCGAUCACCACGGGUGGGACAGUUGGCGUGAAAUGACCCAGGAAAGACUUUGUAAAGCACCCACCAAGAUAUUCUCUCUCUCUUUUUAAUAUACUGCAGGCCCUUCACGGCCCGUGCAGGAGUGGUACAGAAAUGCAAUGAAAAAAAAAAUCAUGAUGACAAGUCAAUACACUGAAUGCGGUUAAUAAAAGAGUCGAUGUUAUUGCAACACACAAUAUCAUUAGUUAACUUGUUCCACUGGGAAAUAGCUGAUGGAAAAAGGGAAUGCUUGUGAACAUUAACACGACUUGGGGGAAGAUGGAUUGUUUUGGAAUGAUUUAGUCUUGUUGAGUGUUUUGGAGGAUCUUGCAGGUAAUGAGAAUGUGCUAUCUGGAAAUGACCAUGGUAUAAUUGAUAGAUGAAUUUUAGUCGCGAAAUUGCUCUUCUCUGCGAGAGGGAUUUUAGGUUUGCCCUUGCUAGCAGACCUGAGAUACUGGACUCCCUUUUUUAGUCUGAAUAUACAAAUCUAAUUGCUAAUUUUUGUAUGCGUUCUAUUUUAUUUAUAAGGCAUUUUUGAUGAGGGCUCCAUAUUAAAUCAGCGUAUUCUAGGCAUGGUCUUAUUAGUGUUUUGUACGCAUUUAGUUUGAGGUGUGGUGGUGCUGCGCGCAGUUUCCUUUUUAAAAGGGAUAGUUUGCCUAUGGCUUUUUGACACAUGGUCGAAAUAUGAGGCUCCCAGUUAAGGUUAGGCGUGAGUUUAAUGCCUAGGUAUUUUACCUGGUUGCUUUUGUUGAUUGUCGACCUUCUGAUCGAAUAUGUAAAGUUAAGCGGGAGUUUCUUAUUUGGUGAAAGACAUGUCAUGUGUUUUUCAUGUGUUCAGUUUCAUGCCCCAAGUGUUGCACCAAGAGUAAAUUGUUUGCAGUGAAUUAUGAAGUUCUAUCUGGUCUUCUUGGUUGUGUACGACUGUGUACACGACACAGUCAUCAUCAUUCUCAACAUAAAAGGGAAGCAGAAUGCAGUAAUAAUUAAACAUAGGGCACUUUGGGGCCACAAUACAUAUGACAUGGUGCAGGGAAUCUAGACAGAAGUCAUGGUGCCAGCACUGACAUUUGCAAAUGCCAUUCUGUGCCUAAAAUUAUACACAUUGUUGGGGUGGCAAGUUAGCCAAAGAUUGGUGGGCCGGUCAGCUUUUGGAGUCCACGGGGAGGCCUCUCUUGAAGUCUGGGAAGCGCAGAGCAAAAUUACUUCUGAAGAAAGACUCGGGAACAUGGAUCAAAAUAAAUGGGUGGCUGAAAUGGACAAGUACUUAUACCUAAAAAGCGUGGACACAGAAUGGAGGAAGAGGUAAAAAAAGUUGGUAACCCAAGUACUGGGUAAAUGAAAGUAUAGACAGACAACCAGGAGUAAUCAAAAAUAAAUUGACAGAAACAAAUAGCGAAUUGGAUGCAAAGAAUGGAAACGAAGAAGACCAUAGAUAUUUACAAGAAUGAGGAAAAAGAAGUUACGAGGGAAAAUCCACGAUAACAUGAAGGGUAGUGCCUUGCCUUUUGAGGCUCGAGCUGGUUGCCUAAAGACAAAAACAUGCAGGAGCACACAUUUGUAAUAAGAUGAGGCAUGUGUAUGCAGCAGCAAAAAUCUGGAGACCACUAAAAUGCAAGGGGAUUCACCCAGCGAGACCAGUACGUGAUGUACAACUUCCGGAAGUGCAUGGAUUUAAAGCAGGUGGAAGUACCAACCGGUCAGCAGAUGAGAUAAGCAAAUGAUGUUUAGAGUAUUCGUGGAAAAAAGAAAUCGGGGAAGGGGCUGACACGACUAGAUACAUUACAGGCAUAGGCAGUGGUACAAGGUAGAUAGAGAAGAUUGAAGAGAUGUAUACAAGAAUGCUAGGAGGAAGAGCAUUGAUAGCAUACCUUAGUAACUCAAGCAGUCUAGGAGACAAUUUGUUCCUGUCCCUUUUCAAAGGGAAUGCCAAUAAAUCAUCAUUAUCAUAUCAGUGCAGUUCUUACUUUCCCUGGUGCGCGAUUCACUUCACCUUCAGGCGCCUUCCUCUUCCGGUGCUCGCUUCCUUCACAUCUUCAAACAUUGCAUCGCCAAUUUCACUGGCGAGCCAUGUGUGCUUGCACGUAAAAAUACUGUGAAAUCUGUGACGUCAACACAGAUGUACUGGCACCAAGGUUAUGGUGCGAAAUUUAGACCUUCAUUUUCUUAUAAUCGACCUAUUAUGAAAAAAAUAACGAGUUUUAAAAGAAUAGUUUCCAAACCGAUUCAGUAUUUCUCUUUAGUGUCCCUUUAAGCCUGUACCAUUGGUUGUACUACAUGUUAUUUUCUUACUAGGCCAUUGGUUUUGUUGAGAAUUCGCACCUUAAGUUUACAGCCCAAAUGGUGUGCAGUCAGCGCAGACUCCUAGUCAUGUUUUAGGCUUAAUGUUGCGUAGCUACAUCUCCAAAGUUCUGCAAAGAAAGCACAAGUCUCAUCUACAGAGCUCUGGAGAUGGGAGGCCUACGAGUGAGCUUUGAUCAGGCACUUCUUGGGCUGUCAUCUUCCAGCGAGUUGUGCCUCAAUUUGUCAUUCCUCAAGGUUGGGUACUCUCCUGCCUUGGGGCACUAUACUGGAAUCAGACGGGCAAAUUUAGUGACACUCUGAGCGAACAUCACUUUCGCGGCAUGCUGCUAGACAAGAAAGUGCCAUUAGAAAUUGAUGGCAGUGUCAGUCGGUAAAUGAUCCAGUGCAUUACAUACUCAUUUUAGCCAGUAUGUGCAAAAUAACAUUAACACGAUCAAUUUUGACGAGCAAAGACCACACAAUGUUACAUUGAAUAUACAAGCAACAUGCUGUGUGUAUGAUGAAGAAAUUGCAGUCACUGACCAGGUCAAGGUGGAAAUAACACAGAAACGGUCCUGUCGCCGCUUGAUACGUAGAGACAAUGUCUGUGUUAUUUUCACCUUGACUUGGUCAGUGACCGCAAUUUCUUCACUAUCAUGUUACCUGACCAGACGAGCUUUCGUCGAACUCUUGAGUAUAUAUAUGCUGUGUGUAUGUAAGUUUUGACAGUGGCGAAGCGGCACCUAAAAACGGCACUGAUUUCGUUGGCAGAGAAAGAAUGGCUAAAUUCGUAAGCGAGAAGAUUAAAAUUUUUAUGCGCUGAUUUUAUUUAAGUUUGAAGCACUGCCAUUGAGGCUACACACAUUAACGCAGUGAAGCGAGUUUGACCAUUGCACUUGUAGCCAGGUGCGUUCUGGAGCAAGUGUCACCAAACCUCUCCGUGCAACAGCCUGCGAACGAGACUAGCAGUGAAGUGCACUAAAGUGACAUAGAAUGUGCCUGUAUGACACGCUAAUACUAGAUGUUAAGCAUUCAAAAAUGCAGCAAACCCUUCUAUUAUAUAUCCUAAGUGCAAAUUAUUGUUUUGGAUUGUCAGAAGUUUGACUUAUCUGAUGUUCAAUAAAAUAUGUUUCAGAGCAA